GAAGCUCCUAUAAAGGAGGCCAGUUUUGGAGCAGGCGCUGAGCAGUGCACAUCUACCCACGGCCUCUUUCAAAACAGUCAAAUCCAAGCAAUUCCUUUCUCCCCAACAUAUCUCGCGUUCUUAUAAUUUUUUUCCUGGGAAGUGCGGCUUUCUUUAUCCACGGAGCCUUUUCAAAUGUAUAAAAUGGAGUAUUCUUACUUAAAUUCCUCUGCCUACGAGUCAUGUAUGGCCGGGAUGGACACGUCAAGCUUGGCAUCAGCCUACGCGGACUUCAGCUCGUGCAGUCAAGCCAGUGGGUUUCAGUACAAUCCGAUCAGGACCACGUUUGGGGCUACCUCCGGCUGCCCGUCGCUCACGCCGGGGUCUUGUAGUCUGGGGACCCUGCGGGACCACCAAAGCAGCCCGUACGCUGCAGUUCCUUACAAACUCUUUACGGAUCAUGGUGGACUGAACGAGAAGAGAAAGCAGAGGCGCAUUCGGACCACUUUUACCAGCGCACAGCUCAAGGAGCUCGAGAGGGUUUUUGCUGAGACCCACUACCCGGAUAUCUACACACGAGAAGAGCUGGCGCUCAAAAUCGAUUUGACUGAAGCCAGAGUACAGGUGUGGUUCCAAAACCGACGCGCCAAAUUCCGCAAGCAAGAGCGCGCGGCAUCUGCUGCCGCUGCAGCUGCCAAGAAUGGCUCCGGGAAGAAGUCGGACUCUAGGGACGAGGACAGUAAAGAAACCAAAUCUACCGAUCCUGACAGCACCGGAGGACCAGGGCCCAACCCCGUCCCGACGUCCAACUGCAGCGGGCCAAGUCCAACCAGUGGCCAGGUCAACAUUUCUAGCGGAAACGGACAAGUGGACCAAGGGAAAACAUCAGUGUCUCCCGGCAUGUGUGGAAACACAGCGAUUCAAGGCUGGGCUUCUGCCCCCGGCACCAUCACCUCUAUCCCGGACUCAUUGGGUGGACCGUUCGCCAGCGUACUGUCCUCUUUGCAAAGACAGAACGGAGCCAAAGCUACGUUAGUAAAGACAAGCAUGUUCUAAUACAGCGGAGACCCAUUGACAAAAUCAACAAGAGAAACAUGGUUUACUGACUCCGGUGACGGAGGAGUGUUGAGUCCGUGGAAGGAGGGAUGUUACAAGACAGACAGAAGGACACUGAUAGGCCUAUCAUAACCGCAGUUGUAAAAAGAUGAAGAUUACUACUUUUAUUAUUUUUGCCUCACGCCUUCCUUCUCGGUUAUCGUCUGGUAUUGUGGUCAUUCUGCACUUAUAACUGUCUGGUUCAAGUAACCACUAACAGCUGCGCAUUCAUACGCAGUCCCAUCAUAGGACCAGAUGUCAAAAUAUAUCGACACUGUAGGCUACAAAUGCUUUUAUUUAAUUUUUUAAAGUUGUCGACAUUCUGAUUUGACUGAAGGUGUUUGAUAUAUCGAAUAUCUCUGCUUAUUAUCGAAUGAGACAUCAACUAUUUUGUCAUUUUCCUGACGCAACUUGCUAAGUAUAAGUAGCCUAUACGUCACUGUUUCAGGGCUCAUGAAGAAUGUAGUUUUUUUCUCUCCAAUUGUUGAUAUCAAAUGAUCUUGCAUUAUUUCCCCC